UGCACACGCGUUCACAUGGCUUGAACCUUGAACAGUACAUAUAUUCCCGCGAGUGCUCCUAUCGCUGCCACCGGCCUCUUUGCCUGGCAAGAAUGCCUCUCAAGACCGAUGACGACUUCAAGCUUUCACCUGAACUCAUUGAAGACAUCGCCGGGCGACUCCACCCAAACGAGGUUGUGACCAAUUUGAAACUGCUCAACAGCAAGGCCGCAGCCGCCCUGCGCGGAAGCUACAGCACUAUUCGCCUAGAACAUCGCAAGCCCCUCCCGUAUCGGAGCGUCUACAUCGCAUGCGCGGAGACCUGGCCCGGCGACGCCUUCGCGCGGCACUGGGGCUGCCCCGAGCCCUGGCGGUCGCUGCCCUUCCCGCGGCGCCUCCGCCUGCUGUGCCUCGCCGCCUCCAGCCACCACCCGCCCAGCCUGGACGCCGCACUCACCCACUCUGGCGUGGGUCUGGCACCUACGGUCAUCGAGGCCGCGGCGGCGGCCGGCGACCUGGACGCUUUCCUUCGCCUGGUGUCGGAGGGCUGCAAUUGCGCAAUGGCCGCCCUCGAGGCGGCGGCACACUGCGGCCACCUGCACAUCCUGCAGUGCGCCUGGUACUACAGUCUGGAGGGGAUAAGGCUGCGGCAGGCGUUCGGCUGCGGCCCCGAGGAGGUGCGCCAGCUGGCAGUGUCAGCUUGCGCGGGCGGGCAGGGCCACGUGCUGACGUGGCUGGAGAGCCUCGCCGAUCCGCCGGCCCAGCCGCCGCCGACGGCAGCCGCGGUGGGGGCAGCAGGGGCUGCGGCGACUGGCAGCAAGCAUAACAGCAACCGUGGAGGUCUGGACCACGUCCGGGUGUGUGAGAGCCUGGAGUCUUCCUUCUUCGCGAUGGCAAUUGAGGCCGCGGUGCACGGCCGUACAGGGCUGCUGGACCGGCUGCUGCAGCAGCACCCAAGCGGCCGCUACACGGACGCAUUUGAGGGGCUUGCAAACUACAUGGUCAAGGAGCUUCUCCUGUGCAUCGCUUCCUUUUGCCCGGUAGCGACCCUGCAGCACUACCACGCAGCCUGGGUGCCCAAAGUCAUCCGGGUCGCGGAGGAGGAGCUGACAAUUGCAGCUCUGCGCGGCACCACCGCCGACUGGCGGGAGAAGUGCGAUUACAUGCUGAAGAAGCUGGCGGCAGCGCUUGAGGAGGAGCGAGCGGCGGAGCCAGACGGCGGCGCAGUGCCUGACGCACCCACGCUUGCGGCGCGCAGAGCCUUGCAGGACAUGAAGAAUUACUACCACUUCGCAGAGUACUGGCCGUCCAAGAAUGUUCCAGACUUCAUGGAGCGCAUGCGCUACCUCACCGCUCUGGGCCUGCCGAGCGGGGAGUGGGAGCCGCAGCUACUGAAUGAGUGGAACCCGGCUGCUGCAGGGUCCACGGCUGCUGCACAGAGGGAGAUCAGUGAGCUCCUGGGGCAGGCCGUGAGCUGGGGCCACGUGCCCGUGCUGGAGCUGCUGGUAGAGCGCUUUGGCGCUGGCGCGUUUGGGAUCGAGGAUAUCAUGGCUGCUGGCGAGUCGAACCGCAUGCCAGCUCUGCAAUACCUAGUCAACACGUGGGUGCAGGCGCACGGUGGCGGGCAGCAAACCAGCGGCAGCAACAGCACCGGGAUCGCAGCGGGCAGUGGCGACGAUGGUGACUGGGACGAAGUUUUCAGUUGCGCGGCGGGACAAGGUGCCGAUCUGUCGCUGCUGCGGCUGCUGCACGAGCGCUGCGGCGCCGCCAUCGACCUGGCGGCGGGGGCGGCCGGCGGGAGCGAGGAAACCAUCCAGUGGGCCGUGGGCACAUUGUGGGCGGCAGGGAAGGACGCAUCACUCACCGCCGACCAGGUGUGGCGCAUGGCCGGGGUCGGCAACCUGGCGGCGGCGGCCUGGGUCCUGGACCACGGCCUGCUGUCGCCGCGCGGCAGGGCCCUGCCGCAUCCGGCGGAUUGCCCCUGCAUCUCUGCGUUUGAACCUGACGACGAGUGCGGCGACAGUGAGCCCCGCCCGAGCUACUGCAUUUGGCUGUGGGUGGAACGCCGCGCCAUGGCGGCGGCCGCAGCACCGGCGGGAGGGGAGAGCUCGGCGAUGCGCCUGGCAGAGCAAUGGGUGCGGCUGGAGGAGUUCAUGGAGAAGCUGGUCAGGCGCCACGGCAUGCCGCACCAGAAGGCGUGGCUGCGUCGGCAGCGGCCGCAGGAAGUUGUGCAGGCGUUGCAGGCGUACAGGAAGGAGAAGCAGAAGAAUGCGCAGCCGCAGCAGCAGCCACCGCAGCAGCAGCAGAAGCCGCCGCAGCCGCAGCCGCAGCAGCAACCGCAGGAGAAGCCGCCGCAGCCACAGCCGCAGCAGAAGCCGCAGCAGCAGAAGCCGCUGCCGCAGCAGCAACCGCAGGAGAAGCCGCCGCGGCCGCAACCGCAGCCGCAGCAGCAAGCGCAGGAGAAGCCGCAGGAGAACCUCGAGGAGAAGCCGCCACAGCAGCAGGCGAAGAUGAAGACGCGGUCAAGCUCUCGGCGUUAGACAGCGGAGUUGCGGGUUGUCAUGUAUGACUAGUGGGCGCAGAAGACGUGACUGUCGGUCGUACAGAUAAUGUAGGUUGUGUUCGGUUGCGUCGGGUUGGGUUUAGACAUUCAAGGGAGGAGGUCACAGGCGAAGCCACUGCACGAGCACCGGGCAAAUGACAUUGGCGUGCAUGUGGGUAUUAAGGCAGGUAAAAUGUGUCUUGCGCAGGUUGCUUUUUGUAAGCAGGUUUGACUGGAUUUGGCGUUUGGUGGACUGAGUUGUGGAUAUAGCAUACGUAUGACUGGCGGCAACAACGGCAGGCAAGCAAUGGCACAGCAGGGAUGGCGAGGCCGCAUACGCAGGAGGCAUAGAGGUUGAGUGGCAGGUCAUGGGAAUACAGCAUAUUGCAGAGCAUUUGAGGUCCGCUCAGGAGCAGGCCAAUUGCGGGACUGGCUUGAGGUAAGCCGAGAGAAGUACGGUAAGCAAGGGCUUUACAAGGGGUUGCAGGACAGCGCAGGCGGUGUGACGGAAUUCUCAUGUAAAGUUUGCUGGCU